AUGGACAACAUGAACUCCUUUGUGGAAUACUCUAUUUGCAACCGACCAGGCAACGGAUCUUAUCCUGCCCCUAAACCUGGAUAUCAUCAUCAUCAUCAUCUGCAUCACCACCACCUUCCUCUGGAGCAGCACCAUGGCCUCUCAGUGGCCCCCGGGUCUCUCCACACGGGCCUCAGCGGCUCCUCUGUCCCGGUGAACGGGGCCGGCGGUGACAGCGGGUACAACGCAGACGGAGGGGUGUACGGAAACACCGCAGCGGACAUUGGAGAGGCGCACGAGACCGGAGGAGUGAGCCAGCAUCAUCAGCAGCAUCCAGUAAAUCAUCUGGAGCAUCAGCAGCAACCGCACACACACAACGGCUUCCAACAUCACCAGAACCAAAGCUCUCAGAGUGGAUUAUUGACUCAGUAUACAAACGGCAGUGGAUGCACAUCCGGGGCCUACGCAGGUCAGACGUGUGUUACAAACUCAGAGUAUGUAGCCAUCACGGGUCCUCCCAGUUCCGUCCAGCCUCAGUAUUUUAUGGAGGAGUCGGUGGCCUCCACUUACUACCAUCAAUCAGCCUUUCCUACUUCCACCCCAGCUGUCGGCCCCAGCUACAGCGGCCUUUCCGGGUCGUACUGCGGGCCGCAGGGCCCUCUUGCCAGCUCUCAGUACCCGCAGCAGAUUGGCGGGGGUCUGGAAACAGUGGCUUAUCUGGGGUUCCCGCAAGCAGGAGGGUAUGGAGAACUGGCGGGAUCCCAGAACAGAGGGAGAGAAGAUGAGGACAGUCAGCAGUCGGGACAGGGGCAAACCUUUGACUGGAUGAAGGUGAAGAGGAAUCCCCCGAAAACGGUUAAAGUGUCGGACUUUGGUCUCACUGGAGUUCACAACAACGCCAUGCGAACCAACUUCAGCACGCGGCAGCUGACGGAGCUGGAGAAGGAGUUUCACUUCAGCAAGUACCUGACGCGGGCGCGGCGCGUGGAGAUAGCAGCAACACUGGAACUGAACGAGACCCAGGUGAAGAUCUGGUUCCAGAACAGACGAAUGAAGCAGAAGAAACGCGAACGGGAAGGAGCGGGCACUACUGCGCGCUCCUACUCAUCCGAGACCCGCAGCGGGUUUGUCAAGGACCUGGAGGACACGGACCACUCUUCUCUAUCCACCUCCCCGGGAGCGUCGCCGAGCUCCGAGACGUAG